AUGAAUGGCAAAGACCGACCUCGUGGACCUCCGUCAGGGCCACUAGCACAUCGUGGCGAUAUGCCGCCGGGUAACUCUGGCUCGAGUCCCAUGUCGAGAGGAGAUGCCUUCGAGGACGAAAAGAAGCGCAUCAUUCAUAGUUGUUUCGCGAAGAAGGAUGAAGAAGGCCAACUGCUCGAGUCUUAUAUAACGCACGUCCGUAUCACCGAGGAUUCAGCGCAUCCAUCCAGCCCUUCCCCGCCAAACGGCCCACUAGAGAACAAAAAGCCCCGUGUCAUCAUCAUCUCAGUCAGGAAAUCAGGCAGAGUCCGCGUGCACAAAGCUCGAGAGAAUGCAGACGGCUCAUUCUCCAUUGGCAAGACCUGGAUGCUUGACGACCUAUCCGCAAUCCAAUCCUUCGCGAGUUUUGUGCCGAAAACACCAGGGGAACAGCAACAGAAGGAAUGGGCGAGCAAUGUUGGAUUUACGGUCACGAUUGGAAAACCUUACUACUGGCAUGCCAGAACUCCCAAGGAGAGGGACUUUUUCAUUGGCAGCCUGGUCAAGAUCUAUCGAAAAUACACCAAUGGGAAGGUUCCCAACCUCAUCGGGUUUGAUGAUAGAGAGCGACAAAUGCUCGCAAGAUAUGGGCAGCCAGGUCAACACGGCGGUCCCGUAAGUGGACCACCAUCCAGAGGACCUGGCCCAAUGCACCCAUCAUCGGACAGUGCAGUACCUACUUCGCUCCAGCCGUCCUACAGAGGGCCCGAUGCCAGCCGCGAUGGGCCCCGGGGUGAGAAGAAAAUAGAUCCCACUCUCCGCAGCCAAAAGAGUCGCGAGCAAUUGCCUCGACCAUCAACGGGCUCUCGGCCAUCUACAGGCCAAGGCAGACCGGCACCGUCUCCUUUUGACCUGCAUAAAUCUCCUGCAUCGGUCACUGCCGGGACACCUGGGGAGCACCAGCUGCCGCCACGUGCCGCUGAGCGCAUGGCAGCGAACACGAAACCUCCAAAUUCAGCACCAGAGCCAAAGGCAACACAAUCGACUCCUAAUUUGACUUCUUCGGCACAAGCUGGCAGUCAUUCCGGUAUUCCUGAGUCACUUCGCCCAUCUUCUGGUCGCAGCCAAGACCGAGGUCCUAUGCCCCCACCUCUUGCUCCUCAACCAGUCUUGAACAAAGCGCCAGAGGCACUACGUCCUUCCACCGCUACUUCCUUCCAUAAUGACACUCGGGAUGCUGCUCAACGCUCGACCCCCAGCUUUGGUCCAAAGUCGCCACAACGUGAUGGUGGUGAAAAACAGGCUCCAUCCAGCCAGCAGACACUGCCUCAAGAAAGAAGUGCACCGGACAACCUGUCGGCUGGAGGUCCCGCACAGACCCGAGAACCUUCUUCGUUCCCGGCGAUCGAGGGGCUGGCUUCAGAGCCUGCCGCUAUGAUGGCUGCGAAUAUGGCUCCAGAAGAGCCUGCUCAGCCUACUUCGGAAAAGACCCCCACUGAAACUGCUCCUGUCGCGGACUCGCCAUCCCAACCUACUUCGGCGCAUGCGGAAGAAACAGCAGAUUCUGCUGCGCAUCGGCCGGGUCUGGGCCCCAUGGUCAAGAAAAAGGAUGGUAAGGAUAUUGCAGGCGCUUGGAGAAAGGCCGCAAACGCCUAUGGUGCCUUUAAGCCAAGGGCUGGUGGAGCCGGUGAGCGACUGCUGGCAGCCGCGAAGAAAUCACAGGCUGAUACCACGGGACCCGAUGGCAUCACCAGCGUUGUCCCGGCACCAUCCCUUACUCGGUCAGCUACCGACCCCCCACACAGUCCAUUGGCUACAAAAUCGGAACAAGAUCUCCAACUCCCUGCACCCGCUGCAGGACCGGGAGCACCGACAUUCGAAGUUACGGAGCCAGCUGCGGAGCAGACUGCAGCAGUUCCUGUUGAAUCUCCUCAGAUCUCUCGGGAAAACCUCACUGAUGUGGUCGUAAAGGUCGAAGAUCGUUCAAGAACGCCAUCUCCGGCAGCCCAAGGACGUCGCCGCAGACGCCGUGAAGACCAUACUGUGAAAUAUUGCCAAGCCCUCGGGAUUGAUCCUAGACUUCUCGACGGAAGGGGUCUCGAUUUCGAUGACAUCCUCUCGGAUCUGGGCUGGAACGGACGAUUGGCUGAUGAACAGAAAAUUGAGGACCUGGAGGCAGACAUUCGCCGUGAAAUUGGCCGCGUAGAAGCGACCAGCUGGCUUGGCAACCUAGAACAGCAGGAAGGAAAGGUAGAACAAUUGGCCAGUUUGAUCGAUAAGACGAUUGAAGAGUGCGACGAGCUUGAUGGUCUUCUUACUCUUUACUCUCAUGAACUCAAUACUCUUCACGAAGAUGUUGCCUAUAUUGAGGCUCAAGGCCAGGGUCUCCAGGUGCAAACAGCAAAUCAGAAGCUUCUGCAAAAUGAACUUCAAACUCUACUGAAGACGCUUUCAAUAUCUUCAGCUGAACUUGGACCUCUCAAAGAGGCCUCCUUGAGUAAUCCUGAAGGGCUGAAAGACACCGAAGGCGCGCUGUCAACAUUGUACAAAGCUAUGCUCACGAUUGACUCCGACAUUGGACAAAACAAGAGGCGUCAAGUCGAUGCCAGUGUCGGUGUCUACGCCGAUACCGAGAUCGGCCAGAUGCGUGCCAUCAAGGAAAAGAAGGAAGAGUAUCGCUCUACAGCAAUCAUGUUCCUGAACCGGCUGCGGCAGUUUAUGGCUGUUGCUUUCAAGCAGGCAGAACAAAAACGGGCUGAGUCAACGACGGGUGUCAAAGAUUCCAUGAAACUAGACAGUGCAGCACGAGGGCACUUCCGUCAAGAGAUCUGGCGGUAUAAUCCCCUGAUGCUGUUUGCGAAAGAGGUUAGCAUGGCAGAGUGGCACAGUCUUGUCGGUCUUUAUGAGCAGCAGUCGAAGCCCUCGUACCAAAACGACUUCCGCGAUAAUAAUUUAGCCUGGAAGAAAACAGCGCGCAAACCAACUGGAGAUGAGCAGGAACUCCUCUUUACCCACCAGGAGAAGGAGAAGGAAGCCGAGGGUAUCACCAUGGCUGCACGGAAAUUGACCGUGCGGCGAGGCAAGACUGUGCGGGCUGCUGCUGGGUUCCGACUGGCUUCCGGCGGUAAGAAGGAAGGAAAAACAGAGCCAAGUGAGGCAUUCGCUGGCACGUUGCGAGAGACAUUGAACAUGAUGGCGCAAGAGCAGAACUUCAUUGUGCAAUUCUUCCACCUCAACUCCCUUGCCAGUGCCGACUUUUCGGAUCUAGUGGCUUCAACCAUUCCUGAAAACCGCUCCUGUCCCGAUGUGUCUGCCAACCAGUCGCAUGAUCCUGAUCGGGCAAUGGCAAAGAGAGUUGAGCAGAUCAUGGAUGAGGUCUACUCGUUCUGGCCGAAUGACAUGCAGAACCUGGUGGAUUGGGCGAUGCAGGCCGAUCCACUGCAAGGAAUCGGUAUUCUCCAUUCCUUGGAGACUGCCAUGAAUGACUUUGAUGAUACCAACCAAGAGUUUAUUCUCCAUGCUCUACAGAAAAUGCAUUCUCGCCUGAUGGGCUUGUUCAACCGAUUUGUGGACGAACAAAUCAGAGGCAUUGAGGACACCAAGGUCAAGGUGAACAAGCGAAAGGGAGUAAUCUCCUUCAUGCGGGUCUUCCCCAACUUCUCCAAUGCCGUGGAAAGCCUGCUAUCAUCCCCCUCCGACUCAGUCUGUGACAUUCGCGUUAGCGUCGAUGAGGCAUAUGACCGCAUCAACCGGGCAAUGUGGGAGUCACUCAAGUUCAUUGCCAAGGAAGCCCCCGGCCAACCCCCGGGCGUCGCUGCAGGUGCGGGCGAUCCGGAAGACAAGGAGAUCCUUAACUAUCAUAUCCUCCUUAUCGAGAACAUGAACCACUACAUCGAAGAAGUGGACGUGCACAACAUCCCCGCUCUCGCGCGUUGGGUCGACCGGGCCCACCAAGAUUUCCAGGAGCACAUGAAGCUCUAUCUGGAUGCAGUCAUCCACCGCCCCUUGGGCAAACUGAUUGAUUUCGUCCAAUCAAUUGAUAACCUCCUCGCUGCGGGCGGCAAUCCGACCGACAUUGGAUCACGUGCUAGCCACUCCCGUAUCGUCGCUAAGAAGGUCCUCUCCUCCUACGACAACAAGGAAAUCCGCCGUGGCAUUGAAAUGCUCAAAAAGCGUGUUGAGAAGCACUUUGGUGAUGCCGAUGACCCUGGUCUUAGUCGUAGCCUUGUCGUCAAGGUACUUCGAGAGUGUGAGAAUCGUUAUGAGGAUACGUAUGACCGUACCCGGCGCAUUAUCGACGAUGUCUACGAGGGCCAAUUGGAUAUGGACUGGCGCAAGGAAGAGACCCUUAGCAUGUUCCGGAAAUGA